AUGCCUGCAUAUCAUUCAAAGUUUACGGAUGAGGACUAUGAUGCUCCUUUUGGAAUAGCCAUUCUGCCUAUUAAGACGGAUGCUGAGGGAGAAGAUAUUAUUGAUGAAGCCUUAACGUACUUCAGAGCUAAUAUUUACUUCCAAAAUUUUGAGAUCAAGUCAAACGCAGAUAGAACUCUGAUAUUCCUGACCGUAUUGAUCCAGAAAUGUCUCAAUCUACUUCAUCCCGCAGGAGAAGAUGAAAAAGAGGCUAGAAAGAUAAUGAGUGCAUUCUGUAAAGACCCCAUUCCUUCAAUGACCUCCAGCAGGUUCUUCAUGAAGUAUGUUACUUCUACUUCAACAGGAAAGGCAGAUGAUUUGGCUAAAUAUUUCAAAGAACUCAGAAAAGCUCUUGUUGAGAGAUUGCUUGGAAUCUUAUUCAACCCAGAGUGGGGAACCAUGGACCAUAAAUUCUGGAUCCAAUUCUACAAGAGAAAGUUCCUUAAAUUCGAUUGGAAGUAAAUAAAUGAUGCCUGGAGAUUUCUAAUCAUAUCCAUUUCAAUAAUCAAUUG